AUGGAGCAUAUAGAUACGGGGAAGAUGCGUUUAAAGGUCUGCGUCCGGCUGCGGCCUACGCCCGAUGGGUGCCCCAGCCUGGUGCACGCAGACCAUCGCGUCUUGUACAUGAAGGAUCCCCUCAGAGGCCAUAACAACGAAUUUGUAUUCAACAAUGUUUUUGGCCCAGAGGCAAAGCAGGACGCGGUCUUUCAGGAAAUCGGCAUGCCGCUCGUGGAGCACGUCAUGCAAGGCUACAACGCCUGCUGCCUAGCAUAUGGUCACACAGGGAGCGGAAAGACAUAUUCCAUGCUCGGGCGGGAGCCGGCCAUCACACCGGAUGGGCCGGCGCCGUUAGACCGCAACGAAUACGGCAUCAUCCCUCGUGUAUGCGAAAUGAUCUCAAAGGCAGCAAACAAAGCAAAUCGCAAAGCCGACCAAGCGGGGUCUAACCCCGGCAGCAACGUGGUGCGGGUGAAGCUAUUCGUGAGCUUCGUAGAGGUCUACAUGGAGAAUGUACGGGACCUGGGGGCUGGCGCACAGGCGUACAUCAAGGCCCUAGCUGCAGCGCGCCCAGUGGGGAGCGGCGACGGCCGCGGCCAUGCCCCGUCCUCGUCCUCGGUGCCGCCCCUGCCCUCCUUCCCCUCCUCCGACGGCGGCCCGCCCGCAUCCUCCCCCUCGCGACCCGCGGCCAUGGCGCUACGGGACCCCGCGGAGUACGUCCGUACAUGUCUGGACGUCAUGGAGGACGCGUACGGCAUGACGUUUGUGAAGGACUUGACGUUUAUCGAGGUUGCAGACGCGGAGGACAUGCUCUCCGUACUGCAAGCUGGCUACGCCGUACGCUCCGCCUGCUGCCCCAUUGACAUUUCCUCCCGGGCGCACACCAUCUUCAGUAUUAGUGUGGUCAGCUACCGGGGGGAAGAACAGCCGGUCACCGGCCGCCUGAACCUGGUGGACCUGGCUGGCAGUGAGAAGCAGGGCCGAACGGGGCCGGAGGGACACAGGCUACGGGAGGCGAGUGCGGUGACCAAGUCCCUGGCGGCGCUGAGCAAGGUGGUGGUGGCCCUGUCCCAGGCGGGCGGCGGGCUGCCUCCCUCGCCCUCCCCGCCCUCCAAGGCCACCUCCCUCGCCAGUCAAUCCAGCGCCACCUCUUCUUCGCAGCAGUACCAGUACCAGCAGCAGCAGCCGACGCCACACGUGCCGUACAGAGACGCCAAGCUAACACGGGUGCUCAAGAACUGCCUGUGCGGCAACACGAUGGUGACGCUCCUGGCGUGUGUGUAUCCCGUAUUUGACGAGGUGGACGAGAGUCUCGCCACGUUGCAGUACGCUACUAAGGUGCUGACGAAUACCUCGGCGCCCCACGUGAACCUGUUGGCACCCCCGGGCACUCCAGGGGGGCCAGUGGCGGCGGCGGGGCUUGGCAGUGCAGAUCCUGGGCUUGUGGAGGAGCUAUCGGCGCAGGUGGCGGCUCUCAAGGACGAGCUGGAGGUGACACACACGCAUUACCAGAAGCUCAUUGAGAGCAUCGCAGGGCCCUCCUGGCGCAGCGACCCGGGGCCCAUUGAAAGAGCCGCCGGGCCGGCCUUCGGCGCCUUUGGUGGCGGCGGCGGCGGCGGCGGCGGCGGCUUUGCCGGCGCCGCAGGCGCUGCCGCUGCGGCUGCAGCCGCCGCCGCCUCCCUCAAGGGCGGUACCGCCGAGUUCGACACCUUUGCAGCGGCGUUAGCGAGUCUGGGGAAGCCCGGCGGCGGGGGCCCCACCACUAAGAUCAGUGCCGUACACGCGGUGGACGAGGCUAAGCGGCGGCAGUCGCAAGCCGGAGAAAGGGCAGCGCGAGGCGUUACAAACGAUGGGGGCCGUGGCGGCGGCGGCGGCGGGCAUGGCGGGACGACGGCGGGGGCGGCGGCGGCGGCGGCGGCGGGGGGGACCGGCGGGGCCAAGGGAGGGGCUGUGGGGACCAGUCAGGGUGGCGCUGGCGCCAACACGAAUUCCAAUGCAAGAGUAUCUGUGUUGGAGGCUCAGAUCCGCAAAUUGGAGUCCCAGCUCAACCAGGCUCGCGCAACGGCUCAGCAGUACGAGGAGCGCCUCUCGGCAAGAAAGGAGGAGAUGGAGCUGGCACGAGAGCGCAUGGCCGGCAAGGAACACGCGCAGUUUGCGGAAAUCAAGAAGCUACGUGCGCAGGUUGCGGAGUUGACGAAGGCUCUGGAGGCUGAGCGCGCAGAGUCGGCUCACAAGCUGGAGGAGGCGAAGCGGCGCUCUGACGAGGAGUGUGCUCGGCUCAUGCGGGACAUCGACACGCUCCGAAACCAGCUCACGCAGGUCACCGGCACAGUGAACAGCCUGGUUGAGAAGCACAGCGCGGCCAUCACCGCGGAGAAGCGGCAGCGGGAGGCGGUCAAGAAGCAGGCCACGCAGCUGCUGCAGCAGCAGUUCACUCGGGGCACUGAGGAGCAUAGGGCCCAACUGGAGAAUCUGAAGCAGCAGUCCACCUACUUUUUGACCAAGCGGGCUGAGGAGCUGACGGAGGUCAAGCAGCAGCUGGAUGCGGCUAAGGCGGCACAUGGGGCGGAGAAGGACGCGCUUCUGGCUGAGCUAGACUACCUGGCGAACUAUUCCGAGCGGGUUACGGAGCUGGUACGGCGUAUGGAGACGGGUGUGGUGCCCGUCACGGAGCGAGGCAAUGGCAUCAAGGUCUUCAGGCUGCCGCAGCGCGAGCGGCCACCUCGCCUGGACGGUAAUCGGCUUGCAGUGCUCAAGGAAAGGGCCGCCGACCUCCACGAGCGGCUCGUCGCCCUCAGCGCCGCCGCCGCCGCGGGCGGCGGCAGCACCCUCAGCGGCGGUCUGUCCACCGCCAGCCUCAACGGCACCGCGGCGGCGUCGGCGGCAGCGGCGGCGUCGGCAGCGGCGUCGGCAGGGAACGCUAACGGCAAUCCGACGUUUGGCGGAUGGGUUGGCAUUGCCAACGCGGCGGGCAGUGGCGGCGGCGGCGCUCAGUCCUCCCCCGGCCGUGGCUCCAGCGGCAUGCUCGGCUCCGUUGUCGUACACAGCUCAAGCGGCCAUAACCCGCUGGGCUCGUCAGUGGACCUCGACGCGCUUCGCGCGCAGGUUGAGGCCGAGCUCAAGGCCCAUGUGACCGCCCAGGUGGUUGGGGACCUGCGCAGCGAGAAGACCGUGGAAUACAUUCGAGAGCUGGAGACAGAAGUUGGGAGGUAUCGCCAAGAGCUCCAGUCGGAGAAGAAGCGCAGUGCCGAAAUGGCCGUGGCCCUCCGCAGCGUCCAGCGCCAGCACCAGCGGCCGCAGAGCCCCAUUAACAAGGCCAUCGCGGCCCACACACCCGCCGGGACGAUCAAGCUCGCGCCCAGUUGGGGUUUGGGCCACACAACACCGCGCGGUAGCCCCGUCGCGGGUGGCGGUAGCGGCAGCGGUACGGCCUCGAGGCCCGCCACUGCAGGCCUGGCGCCGCUUGCGGAGCUGUCAACGUCGAACAACGGACGAGCAUCAGCCCCAGGACCCUCCCGACGGCCUAGCACCAGCAUGGCGGCCAUGACCAGCAGCUUCAGAGAGAGCGGCAUCGCCAUCCCUUGA